GGCACAAGGCGAGACCAAGGAGGAGACCAAGGCAGACACACACACAGAGAAAACGCCAUGGGCCGAAGGAAGAAAUCCACCAAGAAGAUCCAGACGCGCAAGAAGCAGGUCGUCUCCACCGUGUUCAAGUGCCCCUUCUGUUCGCACGACGAGGCCGUCGAGUGUAAAAUGGACCGCGAGCGCAACAUCGGCCACUUGUCCUGCCGUGUGUGUACCGAGAGCUUCCAGACUCCCAUCCAUUAUUUGAGCGCACCCAUUGACGUGUACACGGACUGGAUCGACGAGUGUGAGGCGUUGAAUGCAUAGGCAUGGGCCACUCCAGAUCCCCCCACUCCCCACACACUAGGCAGGCAGACUAUUUGACCCCCUUCGCAGGGGAGACGACCAGCACAUAUGAAUCCGGCCAGCAGAGUAGCCGCAGCAAGCCCUGCGAGAUGGCCACAUCCGUCGUCAGCUGCCUAAGGCACCGGUGGCUCACGGGUCUGGUCUGGUGUCGAAGGCCCGAGGCCUUAAUUCCAGCUCACCUCGGAGCCGACGCAACGUGAACAAAAGUUUUAGGUAAAUAGACAGGGUGGACUGAGGCACUGA